AUGGACUACCAAAACAGAGCUGGUUCCAAGAAAGGAUCUGGUGGUAUCGCUUCAGAUGCUCAAGCUAACCUCCAGAGAAGGAAGCAAGUGGAUGAACUACUGAGAAAAAAUGAAAAAAUCCAGUAUACAUUUGAAGAGGAUAAUGAAGCUACUUCAUCGCAGCAGAAUCCAUAUAUCUACAAAAAUCAUUCAGGGAAGUUAGUAUGCAAACUAUGUAAUACUAUGCAUGUCUCUUGGUCGAGUGUAGAACGUCAUCUUUCCGGUAAAAAGCAUGGUUUAAACGUACUAAGGCGUGGAGCAAAGCAGGAAAGAGUAACCGCUAUAGGGUAUAAAAAGGAUGGAGAGCAUCUUACUGAAUUCCAAAAAUCGGUUGAGUUAAGUAAGCAAUCUUUGAAAAACAACGGUAUAAUUCCUAAGUUUAAAAGUAUAAAUGUUAAAGAUACGCAAACAGGUCUUGUUGGUGUUGCAAUACAGGUCGACUAUAAUACCGAAAAAGCUGUAAACUCAUCCGAAAACGAAGAAUCUCCGACAGAGAAUUUUACAUUCCCGCCUUUCAUUAGAAUUGUUUCUGGCCUGGAAUUGUCAUCAUCUAAUGAAGAUGGUAAGAAAUAUCUUGUGAUAGCAUAUGCACCUUUUGAAAAUAUCGCUUUUCAGUUGCCAAACAAAGAAAUUGUAUUUAAUGAUAAUGACCAAAACAAAGAUGCUGUCGAUGAGUUGAAUAAAAAUGUACUUAUUGGGAUAAGGAUUUGA